AUGGAAACAACAGAGGCUAGCUUCAAGUCCAAGUCCAGCAUCUCCGGAACCCUAAGGGAGUGGUACAACUGGCUAACCACCUACGUACCGUCAUUCAUCAGGAAAGGUGUGUCCAGCACAUUUAACACAAUGAGGAAAAAGGUUGCAGAACUAUACAGUGGUAAAGAGGAAGAAGAAGACCAAUGGCACGACGCAAGGGAGAACUUUAGCGAUGAGGACGAACAGUG